CACCCGAGGUAAUCUGGAUACGCCUACACCUGUCGAGUUGCGAGAUAACAAAACGGAAAACAUUAAAAGUUUCCGCGCUGUGUUAUCAAAUCAGGACAGAGUAAACAAAGAAUGGAGCAAUCACAAUCUUUGGCGCAAACUUCGAGAGGAAUUCCAAGAUACUAAAGAAAGAGGUGGUGAAAUAUCUGUGAUGGAGUGUGCAACUUCUGAUAGAGGCUGAGGAAUCGUCUUCUGUCUGAACUGUAGCCAUGGAACAACUGGAUAAGUUUCAGAUCAUCUUUAACAACCCUUCUGCCAUAUACAAUGCUGGGGACACUGUUUAUGGGUAUGGCUGGGCAGUCUUCAAAGAACCUAUACAUGUACAGACUGUGUGUAUGGAGGCUAUUGGAGAGGCAAAAGUGGAGUGGAUGACCUCCAGUGACAUACAAGCAUCAGACGAAGAAGUUUUCAACUACACAACAGUCCUACCCAUAAAAGGAGAAGAUAAAAACAGUCAGGGUGCUACGUUACACGAGGGGUCACAUUACUUCCCUUUCGAGUUUACUCUACCUGUAGAUCUUCCAUCAUCUUUCAAAGGUAAACAUGGCCGUCUGCGAUACUUUGUGAGAAUGACCAUCUGUACAUCAGGAGGACCCCACCCAUCACGCACCAGUAAAUUCGGAGUUCAGGGGGCACUUGACCUUAAUGCAGAACCCAAUGCUGCACUUCCGGUGGAGAAUGACACGUUUGAGCCCCUGGGGUCCUUGUGUUGUAUAUCUGGUACAGUAACAGCCAAACUUCACCUGGAGAAGAAGGGUUACACCGUCAAAGAAUCCGUACCUGUGUAUGCAGAAAUCAAAAAUCUCAGCAGUCGGAGAAUAAACUCUACUUCUGUGUCAUUAAUACAGAAUGUGACUUACUAUUCAUACAGAGGACGAUUUUCAGAAACUACAAAACUGGUGACAAUCCACAAAGGAGGGGUGGGGCCCCGGGGUAAACAGACAUGGCAGAAAGAAUUACUGAGUAUCCCCACCACCCCUCCCUCUCAUCUCCAUGGCUGUAAAAUCAUAGACAUUCAAUACUGUAUAGAGUUGGCCAUCAAACCCUCUGGCUUCGGUAAGAAAGUAAAAAUACCAGUGGACAUCAUUAUUGGAUCAGUUCCCCUUCUAGAGGCCAAAAAAGAGAAAACGUCUUACCACCCCCUCCCGUCCAUUGUCAAAGAUGAUGUGAUUCCGUUCCCAUUCUUUGAGCUUGGUACAAACCCUAGUCAACACAUGCUUCCUACAGCUCCACCAUGGGAAGAGGAUGAUGAUAUUCCAUGAACACUGGUAAAUAUGACACUGUUUAGGAAUUAAUGAGGAAGGUAGCCCUUGAAAAACUUCAGCCAAACAAGAGGAGCAUCAUAAUAUCUACUGUAGACAUAGUAACUAUUGGGAACUUGGAGAUUUAGGGGACCAGUGAAGAUUUUUCUCUUGCCAUAGUGACAAAGGAAGUCUCUCAUCUGCAUACAAAAAGAUCUGAACCAUAGACAGUGUAAUUGUGUCUAAUGUGUGAAUGUAGAUCUGAUAUGAACUACUGCAUAGCAGUUUAAUUUUGCAGAUAUAUGAUUUCGCUAAUUUUUUUUUCAUUUAUUGGAAGG